AUGGAGGUGCACGCGUUCCGGCUCACCCCCGGGGAGGACUUGAAGAAAGCCCUCUGCGCGUACGCCGCCUCUCGCAAGCUCCGCGCGAGCUUCGUGCUCACCUGCGUCGGCUCCCUGAGCGCCGUCACGCUGCGGCUCGCGAACAGCGCGCGCGACGGGAAAAACGAGGUCGUCAGCCUGGACGAGCGCUUCGAGAUCGUCUCCCUGACCGGCACGCUCUCCGCGAACGGCGCGCAUCUGCACGUCUCCAUCGCGGACUUCGAGGGGAACGUCGUCGGCGGGCACCUCAUGGACGGGUGCGUCGUCUUCACGACCGCGGAGAUCGUCCUCGGAGAGAGCGCGACGCACGUCUUCGCGCGAGAGAUGGACGCGAGGACGGGGUUCGACGAGCUCGUCGUGUCGCGGACGCCUCCGCCG